AUGGAAUGGGAACUCCAUGGAAGAAAAGAUCUCGAGGAAAACCAGGGAAAGACGGAUUGGUGUGCUGAAAAAAGUUUUGAAAAGUUUGAGACGGAAGUGAGGUAUUUUCAGAUAGAAAUAGGUGCCAAAGCAUAAUUAUGGAAAUAAAAACUAGUACUUGGAAAUAUAAUAAAAUAAUUUUAAUAUUCGACACACGACAGAAACGAAUAAUACAACGAUAAAAUAUAAUUUUGGACUUUUCAUAAAUAAUAAAUCAGUCCCUAACAUGUCCAGUCCAUUCCAGUCCGGUUUGGUCUAGUCAGGUCUGGUCCGGUCCGAUCUUAAUAUAUUUUAACACGGUAUAGUCUCGGUCUUAUGUAGUUAAGAACAAAAAUAAACAUUCCAGUUCAAUCUCAUGAUUUAUUCUAUUAGUCCGGUUUGGCCCUGGUCUUAAUUUUACUUCACUGGUCCGAUCCGGUCUUUAUAAAACUUGACCGUGCAAAGCUAUAUUUCCUGCACUUAUUCCUUUACAACGGGAAUUUGUUAUAUUAUUAUGUACUAACUAUCAGUGCUAGGGUUGUAUUUUUAUCGUUUUUUUUUUUAUGUCCGUACGUGCGACAUAUUAAUAUCCAAAAUAGAAAAGAGAGAGAGGUUGGCUACUUAGUCAAGUGGAUUGUGUGACCCGUGAUCAGUUUCGUUUGAGACAUAAUCAAAGGAUUGUCAGUUGGAAUAUGAAGUAUUAGUGAGGAAAGAAAGAACGUACAAAUGAGUAGAGUGUUUGCUUACAUUUUCCAAAUCUUAGCUUUGGAUGGUGACUGAAAAAAGCCGAAUAUCUGAAAUAUUAACGGUUUUCGCAAAAUAAAAGUUCUCAGAAAAAUAUGUGGUUUAAUUUUUGAUGUUCAAACCAAUUAAUGGAGGAGAUCAUAUAUAAUAAUAAAUUUCAAAUUCAGUUUCAAGGACUCGAUUUAUAACUAUAUAGAGAGAUAAAUGAUCGCUAUAAAAAAAAAGAUUAAUACGGGCCGACCGUGCCUGGCGUAAACGGGAAAAAUAAGUUAAGAAAGUGAUAGAAGGAAGAUCCUUUAUAAGGCAAAAUCUUUUUUAAACCUCAAGGUUAAAGUGAGAACAUUAUGUUAGACAGCUGGGAACCCAAUGAAGAGAAGCUGGAGUAAACAACAGUGGCGGAUUUCAUAUUUUGCGGUAUAAUGUUAAGUGCCAAAUCCAGACAGAAAAAAAAACCGAGAAUAAAAAAAAUAUGAAAAUAACGAGCGAUUGGAAAACCUACACUUUGAAAUCUUCGUUUUAUCGGCUCUUCGAAAGAAGUUGGGUAACAUUUAUUGUAAAACGGAAUUAAAUUAUUCUUAUUAUCAGCCCGCAUUUACAACUUAUAGAUGGGGGUUUUCUAUCAGCAUCUUUGGGUCAUCGAUCAAUUCACGGCUGACGCCCGAUGUUAUAUUGUGAUAAAACUCAUAUUUGUUUUGUUGCCGAGUGAGGCCACUUGCCAAAUCCCUUUUUUGUAGUUUUGGAGAUACCUUCGAAAAAUCAGUCUGCGGGCACUAAAAACUACGCAGAAAACACGAGGAUGAUGAAAACAAGAGAGAGAGAGAGAAAUUACAAACUAUGUGACGAAACUGCUGAAGAAGUUUUUUUUAUUUAUUUUUUUUUUUACUAAUUACCUACUAGUUUACUAUUUUUAUUCCCGUUUGUAACGAUUAUUUUAUUUGUUUUAAUCUUUCAGACAUCAACACCCUAACCCGGAAAAUUUACCACAAGAACGGCACUACCGAACCCAUAGAAAUAUAUGUCAGCUACACGAACAAUCCGUGGGGACCGUCGGCCGUAUUGGAAGCCGAACAAUCAGGCGGUAAAAACCAAUACAGGUGAGCGAAAAAAGAAAACAAGUGUCACGUCACAAUUUCGAUGCGUCUAAACCGAUUUUUCGUCGUCGUCGUCUGCGUAACGAUUUUGUUGAGAUUCUUGUGACGAUAGGUACAGAAUUACCAAGGUUUUAAAUUGCACAAAACGACAUAGGGUAGUAGGGUACUGUGAUUUAUAUUUCAGUUUGAGCGUUAAAUACAGUACCGAAUACGUUAGCUUUUAAAUAUUAUAUAAAAAGGACCUCUUACGUCCCCAUACUUUAACCCCUGAGAAUUACAAUUAGAAACAGAUAUGUUUUUCUUAUUGUGUUUGUGUCCGUUUAAAAAUAUCUUCGGUCGAAAAUGUGAGAAUUUGUCUGACCGGAAAAUAAAUUAAAAUAUACCGACUAUACGAAAAUUCGCUCAUCUAAAUACAACCAAUAUAAAAAUAAAUAUUUUGUCACCGUAUAAGUUAGAUUAAAAAAAAAAAAAAAAAAACAUUUAUUCGGCAAUAAAGGUUUGUGAAAAUUAAAUUUGUUUUUCUUUUGAAAUUUACGAUUCUUUUUAAACAUAAUUUCGGGGUUUAUAUUCCAGGUCAUAUAUCAUCGCGUUCGCGGUUACAACUCGUAAAUUUGGAAAUCGUAUUUUUGAUCGUUUUCUAUAUAGGUAUUCAAUUUUAUCACCAUCAUUCGUAUAAAGUUUUUAUGAAAACGAUUCACAACAAACGUUAUUUUCUCAUUGAUGUUCAUAUUAUUAUGCGCUCCCGGUGAAAUAUUUUUCAAAUGGAUUACAUUUUCCGACUGCUCGUUUUCUUGCGAAAUUCGAUAGUAAAAAAAGUCUGGGAAAAACCAUACUCAUUUUCGAUUUUUACAAGUUUUUCAGGUUAUUUUUUUGGCUUAUACGGAGAUACCAAUAAAAUAUUUUUGUUCGAGGAUUGUUUAUUCACUAUGUGUGUGCAUGUGUUUGUGCAUGUGUGUAUGUGUGUGUGCGUGUGUUUAAAGUAAUGAAGAAGCAAUAUUAUUUUUGUUAAGAUUUUUUUUUGCUCUCUCAAAAACACAUUUUUUGGUUAGUAAGUAUGCAAUAUAAUGAACUAUAUGAAUUUUCUGUUCGACCACUAAGCAGAAAAGUAAAGUGUUACGUUUUACUUGAAAACAUUUUUGGAAUUUCCAAUACCAUUUUACCGAAAAUUAAUUUAUAUUCUUGUUUGUGUUCUUAGUAACUUGGUAUGUACUUGAUGUUUUUUUUGGAUUCUGAGAGCAGUGAGGAAUAUAUUAUUGACUUCACUUUGAUUUGUGCUUUAUUGUCUUAUUUUUAAAAAAUGAUAGAAGAUUUUUUUUGUAACAUUUCGGAUCUAAUUGGUUAGGUUUCAAUUUUGACGAAAAUCGUAAAAAUCACAUUUAAAAACGUGUUUAAUUGAACUUUACUCUGAAUCAUACAGAUUAUACAGCGAAUCCGGCUAGUCCGUCCAAAAGUAUUAUAUCUCCAUCUAUGCUUAUGAUUUAACAAAUUUAUGAGUGACCAAUUUUUUUUUUCCGAAAUAUUUUAAAACUAAAGAAUUAUAGAUAUGAGGUAUUUUGUGAAACAUGGAAUUUCAUAUGGUGCUCGGAGGAGGGUGGUGGAGUCCAUGACUGAGACAUGUGCCGUAGAAAUAUUUUGAAAAACACGUUAUACCUACCGUAUUUCAACAUAGUUUAAAACCACUGAGCUAAAAUAUAAGUCGACAGCUCAACACGGAUAGAAAUUUAAAUCCCUUAAAAUGUGAAAAAGUGAAAUCAUUUUUUUUUUUUUUUGUUAACUUAAAUUUCCAUAACUUCCGUAGGUUAAUGCCUUAUACAAGUACCAACUAUAGCUAUUAGCCAUUACAUAUUAUGUCUAUAUUAUAUUUUAGGCCCAAAAGGAGCGUGUACCAGCUCUACAACAUGGUGGUGUGCGCGACCGGUUGCAAUCCGCUGGCUUAUCUCGGAUACGGUUGUUAUUGCGGUUUCCUGGGUUCCGGAUCACCGGUCGACCCCAUUGACAAGUUAAACACGACUAUCAGCACAUAAUAUUUAUCUAUUUUAAUAUAUAAUAAAAAUGUUCUGUUAUAACACGACCUCGCGGUUGCCAGUACACUCGGAAAAAAUUAUAUUUUACUGUUUUUUUUUUUUUACUGACGGACGUUUAGCUGCUGCAAAAUGCACGACUGGUGUUACGACAGUGCUGACUGCCCGAUGUUCUUAGAAUACUUUACGCCGUACGUCUGGACGUGCUACAACAAAAAGCCUCUGUGCUGUAAGUCAAAAAUAUUAUAUUACUAUAUAUAAACUCUCUCUUAUGGCUUUGCCUGUGUACAGUAUUGCACCAAAAAAAAUAUGACCGUCUUUCUCUCUUUUUCCACCUCCGUUACCAUCACAUUUAACCGAUUAUUAUUUGGAUUUAUUAAAAAUUACAUAUAUAUUUUAAUUCUUUUGCCGCGGUAACAUAAUUAACAUAAUGACGGUUUUUUUUUUUUUUUUAUCCAUAUCAUCAAAGUAACCAUAAAUCAUAAAAUUUCAAUUUUUGAUUUAAAAAUAUCAAAAAUCAUGUACAUGUACCAGUUACCAGUUUAGUAAAGGUUGAAUUUCGAAAAUCCGGCUUUGAAGUUUUUAUGUCUGUAUGGAAAUGUUCACUCUUUUACGUGCGAUAGAUUCGGUUGUGGAUCUUGAACAAUCACUUCCUUUUGUUAAUAUUUAAUGUAUAUGAUACAGUUAGAGUGUUGAAGCAGAUAAUUUAUAAAAUAAAAUAACUGGACAAUAUCGUUAUUUCACUAUUCAGCAUAGUAAUAAAUCAGAUAAGACGUUCUUGUUGUCGGUGGCCGCAAUGUUCGUGUACGUUUAAGAAUACCGUUGUACAUCGUAUAUCAAAUUAAAAUUGUAUAGAAUAAUUAGAUAUUCUAUUCUAAAUUUUCAUGUAUUAUUUGAUAUUUUAACUUACAUUCGUAAGUAAUUCAUGAACUAUCUAGUUAUUUUAUAAAAUAACGGAAUUCAGUACUUUAACUGUAACAAGAUAGAAGAAAAUAAAAGAUUAUACUCCCAUCGUAUUUUAUUUUUGACAUUAGCUAUUGAAAACGAACUAGGUAGGGUCAUCGAAUUAAAAAAUAGAAAACGAAAAUCUUCUCUUUUGCUAUGCGUAGUGGGAUCCCAACUUAAGUAUUAUGCGACGAAAAGGAUUUCAAAGAAGUUUGAAAGAAAAAUCUAAAAUUAAUUAUCAGUAUAUUCAAUUAUUUUAUUUAUUCAGGGUUAAAGUCGUGGCACAAAAUGACAAAGUAUAAUAUUAUAUUAUUUUUAGCGUUACACGGUGUCAUAGAAAUAGCAAAAAAAAAAAAAUAAAAAUAAAAAAAAUAGAGCUUAUACUGCUGAUGGUUGUGCCACUGUUGUAGGUGAGAAUUUGGAUAUGUAGGACACAUCAAUUUAUUUAAUUUAUUUAAUUUAUAUCUUAUUUCUUCCCACACACUCCAGUCGAACUCACACCAAUGUUGUUUGAAACGAAAAAUCCAAUCUGUCAAAAUAUAUAAAACUGGCACCCUGCAGUGGCGUAUCCAAUGGGUUGUUUGGAGGUUUCCCCUUGAGCCGUUACAUAUCAUAUUACUACUAGAAUUAAAGCCUUAAGGUACAUAGUAUAUUUUUAUUUCAACUCGUCAAAAUUAUCAGCCAGGUUUGAUUAAGCCAAUUAUUACAUGCACUAAAAAGCUAAAACAACAACUUAAUUGUCUCCUAACCUCAAAUGAGUCAAACGUCAUUUGUCAAAAUAUCACUUUAUUGACAGUUGUAUGACUUUAGAAAGCUUUUUCUUAAAAUUUGACAUUUUAUAAUUAAACUACAAAUUUGUUUAUGGAAAUUAAAACUAUUAUCAAAUGUUGUAUUACUUAUUUUAAUUAACUGAUUUAUAAUAUCAUCAUUACCUACUACAUAGCAAACUCGAUAGCAAAUGUCUGUAUCAUUAUUAUUACUGAAAAGAGUUUGUGCAAAUAUUAUUUACAUGUUAAUUCCACGGUAGUACAUCUUCACUGUCUACAGUCUCUUUUGUACGUACUAAACACUCUGAAAAAAAAUAUUGAAUUGUUAACUGAUUAGCACUGUUUUUUCUUUAUUAGUACCGGAAGUGUAACAAUGUCUUCUUAACAUCAAAUGUAGUUGUUUUGUCUUUUUAAAAAUUAAUGUUAUAGUUUAUAUGUAUGUUGUAAAACAUUUAUAGUAAUUAACACACCUCUUAAAAAAAUCUUAGUUACGCCACUUCUGAUGCCCAUAGGUGAAACUACGGGGUGUAUUGGAUAUGUCAAAGCACGCCCUAAUAUAAAGGAAAGCAACUAAAUAACAACUAAUAAUAUUUAUACAUGUACGUAAAUCUGCCAACGAACAACUGUUCUAAACGAAGUUAAUUUAAGUUUUCGGUUAAAAGUUCAGAUCUUUACGAUUAUUUUUAAUUAAAUAACAAUUAACAACUAAAUCUGAACUAACAGACAACCCUUAUCAUAUUCCCAUUUCUUGUUAUUUAUUCGUAAUUAAGAAAACCAACAGAAAAAUUAAAAAAUUACCUCCUAUAUAAUAGUUCAAAUUUGUUAUCUACUAUAAAUCAUCGCCGAAGUUAUUUAUGAAGUUAUUGAUUUCUGUAAGUAAAGUUAUUAAAAGACACCAUGGACAGAUAUAAUUUUAACAUUGUUUUUUUUAUAUACUGUGUACGAACAUUUUACCAGAAAUUUUGUUCCAAUGUAUCAAAUGUAGCAUUUUUCUAAAAGGCAAUUUUAUUUUCUUGGUAGUUUAGGGAGAUAAUUUUUUGAUUUUCCUAGCAGUUAUCAAAAUAAUUGGCAAAAACCAGGAAAAUAGGUAAAAUUUACAAAAAUAAUUCUUUUAUUAUUUUCAGUUUUGUUUUAUUGUUGUUUUUCAGUUUAAAAUGUUUUUAGAGACGUGGUUAAAUUUUCAAAAUACUUGAGCGAUUUUUUCACUAUUCAUAGACAUUUGAAUUUUGCAAGUUUUUUUACUAAUUUUUAUUUGGUAGGUAGGUACUCUGUGGGUAAAAUUCGUAAACCCAACAGAAAUGCAUGCAAAUAAAGCAGGAGGGUCAUUAUAAGUUUAAUUUAGUGCUCAACAAGAAUAAGUUAAGUUUAAUGUAAGUGGUAUUUUUAAAAAUUUUUUUACAAGAAUUUGUAUUAUCAAAUUUUGACGAAAAUCGUAAAUAAACAUGUAUAACCGAAUUCCGCUCAAAAUCGUUUUUCGUUAGCAAUUUUUCCCAAAUUCUCACAUACAACAGUGGCCCACCCAUCGAGCGAAGUAUGUCAAUCUUUUUUUUCUUUGGGGGGGGGGGGGAUAAAUGAUACAGCAAAUAAUAUUUAUUUAUUUUUUUUUCAGCACUGGGAGGUGGAUGCAGCCAACGAUUGUGUGAAUGCGAUCAACAGUUAGCUGUAUGCUUGAGACGGUUCGGGUGCCCGACGCAAAAAUCGCUGUGCAAAACCAGCCCGUGGAGGUGGUUUCAGAACGUGUUGUUUUGA